AUGGCCCUGUGGAUGCGCCUCCUGCCCCUGUUGGCUCUGCUGGCCUUCUGGGGGCCCAACCCUGGCCAGGCUUUUGUCAACCAGCACCUUUGUGGCUCCCACCUGGUGGAGGCGCUCUACCUGGUGUGUGGGGAGCGCGGUUUCUUCUACACGCCCAAGUCCCGCCGUGAGGUGGAGGACCCACAGGUGGGGCAAAUGGAGCUGCCCGGGGGUCCUGGGGCAGGCAGCCCUCAGUCCUUGGCACUGGAGGCAGCCCUGCAGAAGCGUGGCAUCGUGGAUCAGUGCUGCACCAGCAUCUGCUCGCUCUACCAGCUGGAGAACUACUGUAACUAGGCCUCGCCUCUGCCCAGCCUGCC